AUGACAACCGAAACAACAUCAACUUCAGUAACGACUAGCAUUAGCAGCUCAUCAACUUACACUUCAGCAUCAACAUCGACCAGUUUUACAACUUCCGCGAGUACGACAGCUACGAUCACGACAACAGGAUCAAGUUUCCUCGCUUUUUUAGCUACUACCCCAACGGUAACAAGUACAAGAAUUACUACAAUUACAAAUGGUGAUUUUGAAAGUAAUAGUUAUACUCCAAAUUGGACAAAAUCUGGUUCAUUCUGUAGCAGUGGUGACUUCACGAUUGAUUCAUCACCAGUUCAUUCAGGCAACUACUCAUUUCAUAAUGGAUGUAGCAAUAGUCUUACCUAUUUAGGACAACCAUUUACAGCAGCAAUUGGUACGACAUAUAAUGUUACCUUCUGGCUAAAAAACGGUUCAGGUAGCAAUGAUAAUACUGACGUUCAUGUUGGAUGA